AUGCGCACCCGCGGGUGCUGGGCGGCUGCCCGCCUGCGAUCUAGUUCAUGCUUUGGAAAAGCUCGCCCGCUCGCUCUCCGCGGCGAGCCGGCGGGCGGGUGGCCGGGCGAUCAUCCACCGGCGGUAGGGACCCUCCAUCCACCACCCUCCCGCCUUGCCUGCCCCGGCAGCUCCAGCCCACGCCCGGCGCCCCCCGCCCCAUACUCAGCUCUUGACUUUGCCGAAGGUGCCCACGCCCAGAGUGUCGCCCAGCACGUAGUGGCCGAUCUUCACCCGCCCGUCGUGCUUCUGCGGCGGCUUCUCAGCCAUCUUCGCCCGGCUUUACGCUACCGCUGUCGCUGCUGCCGCCGCCGCCGCCGCCGGCCGGGCCGGACCACAAUGCAGCAGGGCCGGGAGGGGAGGCGAGAAGGAGACGGGCGGCAGCGGCAAUCGCGCAUGGCGGGCGGGGAGAAGGGCAGCUGCCCUAGCAUAUCCAGUAGUGGGAGCAGGGUUCCUGCUUAUUUCCUACCAGCACACCUUUUAAAGGCGAUAAUAAUACGACAGAAGAUUGUUCUAGAGCGACUUGAUUGUUUUUCAACUGAACAAAAAAGUGGCUUUGAUAAAUUAAGCACUUCUAUUGAUCAGGCUUUAGAUAAGCAACUCACACCAGAACAGAAUAUGCAAAAUAUCCAACAAGCAGAAGGAAAAUCUGAAACUGGAAAGAAAAUAAGUGCAACUGUUCUGCGUGCUAUGAUGGAAAAGGAUAAGACAGCUUGGCCACAACUGAAGACACAGACAUUACAAAGCAAACUUCCAUGGGAUCUGCGUGUCAUCUUAGAGAAGGACAAUUUAGCUGACCACUUAAAAGAUAUUAUGUUUAUGUGGCUGCAACUGAAGACUCCAUUACAGACAUUACGGUGGUUUAAUGGGAAAAAAACAGAAAGGUCUGGUAGAGGGGUAAAGAAAAAGUAAACUUGGCAGGGGUGCAAAGGGAAGAUAAGGGAAAUUUCUUUCUUUCUAUUCCAAAAAAAGUGUGAUUUAUAUAGCUUGAUAUGCUUACAUGAGAUGUAGAAAGGCUAAGCUAUUAUUGCUGGUGAAAUACUAGCAAUUUAGCUUAAUGAAAUCCUGUUUAAAAGGUAUUAUUGUUAAAUGGAUAUUUUUGACUGUAUUUCUAAUAAGCUUUUGUUGUUGAUGAUAUAUGUUAGACUGUAAACACCUGGGCUUUUAUAAGGUGCUAACCAUAUUUGAUUCAAUGAUGUUUAAGUGAGAUGAAACAUUAGUAAUUUAGCUUAAAGAAAAAUGUUCUAAAAGAUAUUAUAAGUAUUACUCAUCACCAAGUAGAGU